AUGGCGAUAGUCAAUAGCCCCAUGGCUCACAAUCUCUGUUUUUGAAAUCUUUAGUGAAAUAAGAAUUCAUUGAAAAAAAAAAAGUAUCUGAGAAUGUGUAGCUUGUUUUUUUGUUACACGGCCAAAAAUGUAUUUAUAUAUUUCCACACUGAGGUUGGAAUAAUACUGUGGAAUUGUGAAAAUUAGUCUUUUUGUUACACAGCCAUUAAUAGGGUUUGCAUUUUCCUGUCCAAAGACCUUGUAAGAGUCAGAUGUUCUCCUUGAUAUCAAGGUACACUGUAUGUAGAGUCUGAACCCCUCUGGUUUCCCCAUGAGGCAGUCAGAUCUGUGCUUGCGUGCCAGACUGAUGAUGUAAUACGAGCUGCGAGGAAGACACCCGGUCGUUCGCUAUUCCACAUUCCUCCUGUAUGGGGAAACUGCUGACUCCAGCGUCGUUACUGUACCAUAACUUGCUUGGGCUGCUCCUGUGGCACGGCGAGGAAAAACAAUACCUCCUUAGUCGAUAAUUAGCCCUAGUGCCGUAUGUAUCAAGCGUCUCAGUUUAGCCUUUUAGAUCACAAUGAAUGAGAUUGUGGACAAGGGGGGACGUGGGCCCUUGUUCAUAAAGCAUCUUAAAGUAUGAGUGCUGAUAUAGGAUCAGUUUAGCCUUUUAGAUCAUAAUGAAAAGAUUACAUGGACAUGGGGGACCUGAUCCUAGAUCAGCACUCCUACUCUGAGACCCAGAUCCUAGAUCCGCACUCUGAGGUGUACAUGCGGUCCCUGAGUGCUUUCUCUUGAUUAAUUAGCAAAAGCAGCAAGCAAUGUAUUUCACAGUUGGAAGCCCUGGGCUUCAACCAAGCAGCCAAUGGAAACUCAUUAAGAUGACUGAGGGCAAUAUCCCUCUAAUGUCUCCCUCCGCUACCUCACGUAACGUUGUCUCUGUGAUGUUUUCAUGUAGGUUUCAGACACUUUAUUGCUCAGGACAUCUCAGGAGUCUUUCUAUCUUGCGUUCUUUGUGUGUGUGUCUGUCUGUCUUUCUCUCUCCUUCAAGUCAUUGGGUAAAGCAACAGUGUUAGUCUGGACUGUGGAACCUGUGGAGCCGUCCCCUAAAGCCAGGGUUCAGGCAUGGGGCAGCGGUCCAUGUAAUUUCCUGUGUAUCUUACCACACCUGGCAGCAGGCCACACAGCAGUGAUGUGGGGGAGAGGAGAGUGGAAUGUUUUCCCAAAAAACUAACCUUGCAGUGUUGUCCACACCUUUAGAAUGAUAUGUGAUAGAUCGGCUUUAGCAUCAGUUGAAAAGCUUUGGCCUUCUGUUGUUAGGACUGAAGCGCUACCUCAAGUGACUUUCUCUUAAAGAAAAUACAUUAAUGGAUAGAAUGGAUAUCAGAUUUGUUUUCCUUUUGGUUUUAAUUGUGUAAUGCUUUCUCAGAUGUUUUGUAUUUAGAUCAGGCUAAAAGCCUUAUGAAUUAUUGUGCAAGUCUACCCUUUUAACAGACCUUAUCUAACUUUCCCAAGGAGUGGGCCAGCUGGGCCCAAUGACCAUGAGUUAUAACUAUUGAGUGGGUGUGCUGCUCACUGCUUACUAAGCAAUAUGUUGAGGUUAGACUAAUGCAUUACACUUAACAUAAACACUGUUUAAAUUCUAAUUUCUGCUUUUCUGUCUAGAGGCUAUUAGAACUAUCAGACUCACUCCCUGUGGCACACAAAUGCAUAAUCAUUUUUAUGUAUUUAUUUAACCUUUAUUUUAUCAGGGAGUUAUACUGAGACCAAGGUCUCUUUUACAGAUGAGCCCUGAAUUACAAAAAUUACAGAAAAUACACACAUCAAUAUAAAUACAAAAUGCAAGCAGAAAGAACAAUCAUACCAAAAGGUUACAGAGUUUGCAAAGUAGUCUAGGUUUAGGCUUGCAUUGUGGUUAAAUGAAGAGCGGGUGGAGUUACAUAAUUCUUUGGUCUUCUCAGAUCGCAGGGAAGUAUGACCUGCAGAAGGAGGAGGAGCUCCGGUUCUGGAUAGAGGAGGUGACGGGCAUGCCCAUUGGAGAGAACUUCCAGAAGGGCCUUAAGGACGGAGUCAUCCUCUGCGAGUGAGUUUUUUUUCUGUCUACACAAAGUGUAAGGGUUGUAAGCUGAUGUAUUCUGAUGUUUUAGGUAUUUAUACAUAUUAUACCAUUCGUCCAAUCCAUAUUCUUAGUUUGCAUUAUCCCCCCAACAUGUGAAUGAUGUUUUGCCCUGUUCAGGUUACUGGUUUACAAGCCCUAGACUUCACCUGUCUUCAGCUCAGUUAGUUAUGAGGAUGUAGGGGAAUACUUAGUCACAUUCCUCUACAGAUGAUCACUCAAGUAGACUUAAUACAGGAUGUUAUAUUGUUGCCAUAACAGUGAUCAGGUGUUGAAAAGGUCUACAGAGGAUUAGCUGUGGUCUUAAUCUCUCCGGCAUUCUUUUUACUACCACCAGGAACUGUGUAUUAUUUUUCAUUGCUCUAGUUGAGAAUUAGUUUUAUGUUCAUAUCAAACUGUAAGGGUUUGCUAUUUUCUUCUGCCUUAGGCUGAUUAACAAACUGCAGCCUGGUUCCAUCAAGAAAAUCAACCACUCCAAACUCAACUGGCACAAGGUAUGGGAAACAAAAUAAUAGAUUUUAAUGUAUACUGUAACGCUGCCAUUUCACAGAGGGAAAAUGCUUUUCAUUCGACGAGACUAAAUAAUGAGACUCAACCGGAGUCUGAUUUAUUUUGUUGUUCUCUUCUAGCUGGAAAAUCUGGGGAAUUUCAUCCGAGCCAUUCUGAAGUUUGGCCUUUGUCCCAACGACAUCUUUGAGGCCAAUGACCUGUUUGAGAACGGGAACAUGACCCAGGUCCAGAGCACACUGCUGUCCCUGGCUGGUGUGGUAGGUUCUCGAUUAGACUCGGGUGAAUGUAGAACCCUGAGUUGUUCUUGACCUUGUUAUAACCAUGUGCCAUAACACCACACACGGUGCCAUAGGAGAGCGUGACAUGAAAAGGAGCCAAACAAUGGUUUUUGGUUUGUUUUUGUUGUUGGUGCUGAAAUCCGUGAUCGAACAAACACUGGGGUUUUUAUUGAAAUGCUGGUGAUUGAGAUGUCGAUGCACCACUAUGUAGGCUCACAGUAUAGUUGUAAUUAGAGUAAAAACAUUGUUAUGUAAAACUGCAAACAACACUGACUUUGUUAAUUUGUCUCAUACCAUGCAACAGGCGAAAACCAAAGGUUCAAACUCCAACUGUGACCUCGGUGUAAAGUACGCAGACAAGAAGACGCGCCAUUUCGACGAGGAGAUAAUGAAGGCAGGACAAUGUGUCAUUGGACUGCAGGUGAGUCAUACUAACACAAUACCAACUACCACAGAGAUAAUGCUAUCAGUGGAUCUCAUCCCCCAAAAUAUCCACUUAAUAAUGAUAUUAUAGCAGUAGACAAUAAAAAUAUAUUUACAGAAAAAAUACAUAUACUGAGUAUACAAAACAUUAAAAACAACUGCUCUUUCCAUGACAGACUGACCAGGUGAAUCCAGGUAAAAGCUAUGAUCUCUUAUUGAUGUCACCUGUAAAUCCACUUCAAUCAGUGUAGAUGAAGGGGAGGAGACAGGUUAAAGAAGGAUUUUUAAGCCGUGAGACAAUUGAGACAUGGAUUGUAUGUGUACCGUUCAGAGGAUGAUUGGGCAAGACAAAAUACUUAAGUGCCUUAGAACGGGGUAUGGUAGUAGGUGCCAGGUGCACAGGUUUGUGUCAAGAACUGUAACGCUGCUGUUUGUUUUUUUCACGCUCAAAUGUUUCCAGUGUGUAUCAAGAAUGGUUAAUCACCCAAAGGACAUCCAGCCAACUUGACACAACUGUGGGAAGCAUUGGAGUCAACAGGGGCCAGCAUCCCUGUGGAACGCUUUCGACACUUUGUAGAGUCAAUGCCCCGACGAAUUGAGGCUGUUCUGAGGGCAAAAGGGGGUGGGGGGGGGUUGCAACUCAAGGUGUUCCUAAUGUUUUGGUAUACUCUGUGUGUGUGCGUGCGUGUGUGCGUUUUAUCCUGUCUGUACCAAAACAAUGUAUACCAGUCUACUCUGAAAAACUAAUUAAAUUUGUGAUCGAUACCAUUGCCAGACAUAGAAGAGAUUUGAUUAGAGGACAUUGUGACCUGAAUGCUGUCUGUGUUUUUGUUCUGGGUAGAUGGGGACAAAUAAAUGUGCCAGCCAGUCUGGUAUGACAGCGUACGGGACCAGGAGACACUUAUACGACCCAAAGUCACAGACGGACAAGCCCUACGACCAGACUACCAUCAGUCUGCAGAUGGGAACCAACAAAGGAGCCAGCCAGGUAAGAGUGUACUGUUUGUCUGUGGUGUAUAAAGUACUGUGGCUCUUAUGGUUCAAUGGUUUCUGCUGCAGUGGAUUCCUAGUCACUAUAAUCCCUGGAAGCAAUUAGAAGUAAUCUUGUAUCACGGUGAGACAUCAACCAACUAAAGGUUACUGUGGCCAGGUGCACACAAACAGACACACACACACACACAUUCUUGCUCUCUCUCACAAACACACACACUUUUACUCUCUCAUACGCGCACGCACGCACACACACACACUCCCGCUUAACCACCAACCUAACCUUCCCUCCCUCUGCUCCCCUCCCUCCUCCCCCUCCCUCCUCUCCCUCCCUCCUCCCCUCCAGGCUGGCAUGUCUGCGCCGGGUACCCGCCGUGACAUCUACGACCAGAAGUCGGUGGGACAGACAGCAGACAGCUCCACCAUCUCCCUGCAGAUGGGCACCAACAAGGUGGCGUCCCAGAAGGGUAUGAGCAGCUACGGCCUGGGCAGGCAGAUCUACGACCCCAAGUACUGCACCUCCCCCACAGAGCCCACCUCGCCUGUUACCCUCGGCAACAAUGCCGGUAGCCAUGGCAAUGGGAGCCUGGGAACGGGGACCAAUGGAUCGGAGAUUAGUGACUGCGACUACCAGGCGGAGUACCAGUAUCACCAUGACGACGAGGAGGAGUACCGGGGUGGGUACCAACAGCAGUACAGCGGGCACUAUGACGAGGACCAGGGCAUCGACUAUUAG